GUCCCAAUCUUCAGCUUCAUGCUCAACAACACUAGAAACCUGGCAAUUCGACGAGCCAAAUAUGGAAUUCAAUGAGGAAUUGGGCCGUCUUCAAAACAUUCUUCAAGACGAGUUACAAUAUCAACUCAUCCUCCAACAAACUGGAGAAAAUGCCCAACUUUGGCUUGACUUUCUACAAUUAGCCGUUGACCACCCGAGUGUCUCUGCAGAAUUUCGCUCCUCGAUAUUUAUGACCAUGAUUCGCUUGUCCAAAACUUGUCGUUUAUAUCCUAAAUGCCUCGCGAUUCGGAAUGUACGGAAAAUGGGAAACCAUCCUGUUGCUGGAGGAGGUUUUGGAGAUGUCUGGAAAGGUACGAUCGGCGGGGCGAGUGAAAAUAUUGUCUGUUUAAAAGUCAGCAAAGUGUACCUUACCUCCGAUGCGGGGCAAUUGUUUAAAGACUAUUUACGGGAAGCAAUCGUCUGGCGACAGCUCAAACAUCCAAAUUUGUUACCCUUCCUCGGAGUAUACCACCUCGACGAUAACCGCCACCAGUUCUGCUUGGUGUCCCCGUGGAUGGAAAAUGGGAAUCUCGUACAGUUUACGAAGGAUAAUUUAGAUAUCCCGUAUUAUAGCCUGGUGCAUGACGUCGCAGCUGGACUUGCCUACCUACAUAGCAAGAAGAUCGUACAUGGUGAUUUGAAAGGGGUGAACAUCUUAAUCUCUCCAGAUCGACGAGCCUGUAUCGCAGACUUUGGUCUUUCCCGUGUGGUAGACGCAACUAAUGGUUUGAGGUUCUUGAAAUCUACGACCCGUCCAGCGGGAACGGCGAGAUGGCUCGCACCCGAAUUACUCAUUGGUGAUGAACGCACGUCUGAGAGCAGUGAUAUCUACGCGUUUGGAGGUGUAUGUUACGAAAUUUUCUCAGGACGCGUACCGUUCUACGAGCUUCCGAAUGACGCGGCCGUCGUAUUCCACGUCUUCCACGGAAGGCGCCCUGUGCGCCCUGAUGGUAUAGCGGAGUUACAUGAUGUGAUGUGGGGUAUUAUGGAAACAUGCUGGAGUGCAGAUCCGACUUCACGCCUUGCAGCUGGAGAUAUAAUGGCGCUUCUUGUGGAAUUGGACACCCUUGACAUAUUUAGGCCUGCUUCCGAUUGGGAAGAGGGGAUUUUCACUGAAGAGAUAUGGAGCAAUCUCAGAUAUCCGUCUUACGAUGUUCAAGACAUCGAUGCUUUGUUGAAAUCAGUAGAAUCCAGGGGAGAGAUGGACCAGAAACAAGCGAAGGAGCCAAAGUAUGGACGGCUCUGCUCUGCUGUGGAACACUCGAGUCCCGUGCAUGAAGAUCUUUCAGAUCAGUUUCCUUCGCCUUCACAACUUUCUUCGGAGUAUGACCCGUUUUGCGAGUCGGUGCAGCCGGGGGGAGACGAAAUCACUAAUCUUCUCAGCGAGAUUUCGAUCACUAAAGAAUCAUCACCGUCGCAUCAUCGUUUGACUUCGAGAUCUCCUUCACCCACGUCGGCAGAAGAAGACGUCGUCAGUGGUCUAACGGAGGAAUGCAAAAUCGGUUGGAGUAGUGCGAUCACGUUAGGUCAAGCAUUGUCGGGAUCUAUGCCUGAGCAGUUGGAGGUAAGGAAGAAAUGGAAGUCUUUCCUCAAGGAGUAUCAUUCAAGAUGUCUCUCGUCUCAUGAAAUCAUCUCAUCUCGAAUCCCGUGGGCAAUCGCAAAUGUCGAGCGUUCCCUCCGAACAGUGGCAACACAUGAGGCAAAGGAAGAAGAUACUAAUGAGGGGAAGCUUUUGGCUAUACUUUUGGAUGUCAAUGAGAUGCUGGAAAGGGUUGUGGAGCAAUACGAUUACUCUGUAGUUUGAAUCAAAGCUGUUUCCGGUGUGUUGUAUGUGUCGUCGGGGUGGAAGCAGCAUCGCAACGACCCA